AGAGCCGGGCCAACGGGGUCUUCUUGUUUUCGUUAAGUGAAUGCAACCGAAAAAGAAAAGGCCUACCUCUCUUUCUUUCUCUUCACCAAUAUAAAAAGAGUGAUUGGAUUUCAGGUUUCCUUGCAAUUCUUCUCCUUUCCGAAUCCCAUGUUUUGAUCUGAUUUAACUCCCAAUACUUGGCCAAACGAAUAUCGCAAAGCUGAAAAAUAUCCAUUUUUCUUCCUAUUCUCUUUUUUUAAUAAUACUAUCCCUUUUGGGAAAUAUCCUCCGCCUAGCCAAUAUAAACUUGUUUUGUUUUCUUCUCUUAUCAAAGGGGGAAUCUUAUUUUGGAGGCAUUGGUUCUCCAUGGGAGAAGCCCCAGCAUUCUUUGUUGAUAAUCUACAAAAUGGAUUUUCAAACGGAUUUGGCUUAAAAUCCAAAGGCUUUGAGACCUUCACCGACGUUGGUGACAAAACAUUUGUAAUUGGUGGGGCAAACAGUGAUUCCACAUCAUCUGUUGGAAUUCAGAUUUAUGACAAAUCUACUGGGAAAUGGGUGAUUCCUACAGUCCUGGGAACAAAACCGAAGACAUGUAAGGGCCAUUCUGCCAUUCUUUUAAAUGAAGAUCGUAUAAUGAUUAGCAUUCGGGGUUCCACCCCGGAUGAUUGCAUUUGGUUUCUUGAGGUGGACACCGAGUAUGUUAAGGAACAAAAGAAAGAUUUUGGGACUGAAGUUGUUGCCUGGAGUAAAGGUGUGACUGGCGAGGCGGAAAAGCCGGUUGUUAUUAGUGGUCCAUCUGGUGUUGGUAAGGGGACAUUAAUAAACAUGCUUAUGAAGGAAUUCCCGUCUAUGUUUGGGUUUUCUGUCAGCCAUACAACUCGUGCACCAAGGGGCAUGGAGAAGAAUGGAGUUCAUUACCAUUUUACCGAGCGAAAUGUAAUGGAGAAUGAUAUAAAACAUGGGAAAUUCCUCGAGUUUGCUUCUGUUCAUGGGAAUUUAUAUGGAACCAGUAUUGAAGCAGUCGAGGCAGUAGCAGACUCUGGAAAGAGGUGCAUUCUUGACAUUGAUGUUCAAGGAGCACGAUCUGUGAGGGCAAGUUAUCUUGAUGCCGUUUUUAUCUUUAUCUGUCCGCCAUCGAUGAGGGAGCUUGAAGAACGGCUCCGUGCAAGGGGGACUGAGACAGAGGACCAAAUCCUAAAGCGCCUCCGGAAUGCUGAGGCAGAAAUUGAGCAAGGGGAAUCCUCGGGCAUCUUUGAUUAUAUAUUAUAUAAUGAUAAUCUUGAGGAGUGUUAUGAGAAUCUUAUGGAGCUCCUGGGGCUAGGUGGAAGUGCACCAAUUAAACAGAAACCAUUGUCAAAAAUCAACAAGAAGAUGGUCAUUAAUUGUGAGACGAAAGAAGUGGGAAACGAGGCGAAGAACUUGAUCAUACUGGAUGUGUCGUCACUUAAAGGUGGGGCGCCUGGGCGGACAAGAGGACUAAAUAUCCACGCCAUUGAUUUAUUUUCAGAUGGCUUAAACGGGAUCCGUGAACUGAGGUAACGAUUACAACCCACGCAAUGGGUACUAACAUGGUUUUAAGCUUUUCUAUUUAAUUUUAAAAAGGUGAGGUAUGAUAAAGCUGUAUUUUGUGUUGUAAGAUUGGAUUUUCGUUUUUCAAUCAAUUCUUUGCUUGCUUAAGAACCAACACGUAGUAUUACUGUUCCCGCAUAAGCAUUUAGAGAAUUCAUCAUUUGUUAAA